CCCAUUGGCCUAUCUCUAAAAACUAUGCCUUGGGCCCAAGGGCCAAGCAGGGUUGUUUUCCCUGGGCCAUGGCCGAGGCCAUAACAGGACAGGGCCCGGUUCAGGACCUUCCUCUGUUUUAUUGGGCAUCUAAACCUCAUUGAUUCUUUCACUUUCAGGUGUCUGGUGAAAUCACAUACAAUGGUUACAAAUUAGAAGAAUUUGUUCCCCAAAAGACAUCAGCUUAUAUAAGUCAGUAUGACCUCCACAUUCCUGAGAUGACUGUUAGAGAAACCCUUGAUUUCUCAGCUUGUUGUCAAGGAGUUGGUAGUAGACCUGGGUUAAUGAUGGAAGUCAUUAAGAGGGAGAAGCAAGCUGGAAUUGUGCCUGACUUGGACAUAGACACCUUCAUGAAGGCAAUUUCCGCACAGGGAGUGGAAGGAAGCCUUCAAACAGACUACAUCUUAAAGAUUCUUGGGCUCGACAUAUGCUCAGACACUAUUGUGGGUGAUGUUAUGCGUAGAGGAAUCUCAGGUGGAGAGAAGAAAAGAUUAACAACAGGGGAGAUGAUUGUGGGUCCGACGAAAACACUCUUCAUGGACGAGAUCUCGACCGGGUUAGACAGCUCCACCACCUUUCAGAUCGUUCGAUAUCUUCAACAACUUGUGCACAUCACUGAUGCCACUAUCUUGGUCUCUCUACUCCAGCCAGCUCCUGAAACUUUUGAACUUUUCGACGACAUCAUAUUGAUGGCAGAGGGGAAGAUUGUCUACCACGGUCCUCGCGACUAUGUGCUCGAUUUCUUUGAAAGAUGUGGAUUCAGGUGCCCUGAAAGAAAGGGUGCUGCCGAUUUCCUCCAAGAGGUGAUCUCGAAAAAGGAUCAAGCUCAAUACUGGUUCUUCAAUGGUGAACCUUACCAUUACGUUUCAGUUGAUGAAUUUCUCAAGAAGUUUCAGUCUUUUCAUGUGGGUGAAAGCCUGGCUAAAGAGCUCUCGAACCCAUUUGAUAAAACUCAGAGCCAUAAGGACGCUUUGUCUUUUAAAAUGUUUUCUCUCUCUAAAUGGGAGCUUCUUAAAGCUUGCAUGGCGCGGGAGUUGCUUCUCACGAGGAGGAAUUCUUUUAUAUAUGUAGUCAAGACAACACAGCUUGUAAUCAUUGCAUUUAUCACCAUGACUGUGUUUCUCCGCACAAGACUGAAGGUUGAUGUGGUUCAUGCCAAUUACUACCUGGGUGCUUUGUUUUUCUCUCUCAUCAUUAUGACAGUUGAUGGCUUCCCAGAGCUGGCCAUGACAGUCUCCCGACUGCCAAUGUUCUACAAACAGAGAGAUUUCUAUUUCUACCCAGCAUGGGCUUAUGCUCUUCCAGGCUUCAUUCUUAAACUUCCUCACUCUCUCAUUGUCUCAAUCAUAUGGACAUGCAUCACUUACUUUGUUAUCGGUUAUAGCCCUGAACCGGGAAGGUUCUUUUGUCAGCUCCUUCUUCUAUUUGCAAUGCAUCAAACAUCAACUGCUGCAUUCCGUUUUAUCGCUUCAAUCUUUCAAACUGUGGUGGGCGCCACUGCUGGAGGCGCUUUUUUUUUGUUGAUGGGCCUCUUAUUUGGAGGGUUCAUUCUUGCCCCACCAUCUAUGCCUGGAUGGUUGAAGUGGGGAUUUUGGCUUUCUCCAUUGACAUAUGGGGAGGUUGGCAUUUCAAACAAUGAAUUCCUAGCCCCAAGAUGGGAUAAGAUAUCAUCUGCGAAUAUGAGCUUGGGGCAACAAACACUAAAGAACCGGGGACUUCUCUUUGAUGGCUCCUUGUAUUGGGUAUCUGUUGGGGCCUUAUUUGGCAUCACUAUACUUUGCAAUAUCGGCUUCACACUUGCUGUAACUUACUUAAAGGCUCCUAGUAGUUCCCGGGCAAUUAUUUCACGUGAGAAGUUCCCUCAAAUUCAAGAACAAGAAAGUAAUGAGAGUCUUACUCCUGAUCAGAGUAGGGCUGGAAGGAUAGUUGUACCUUUUGAGCCCCUAACAAUGGCAUUUCAAGAUGUUCAAUACUUUGUUGACAUGCCUCCAGCUUUGAUUGAGCAAGGUGUAAAUAAAAAAAGACUGCAGCUUCUCCAAGAUGUUACUGGUGCUUUUAGACCUGGGAUUCUUACAGCUUUGAUGGGUGUUAGUGGUGCUGGCAAGACAACACUCUUGGAUGUUCUUUCUGGAAGAAAAACUGGUGGUACCAUUGAAGGAGUCAUAACUAUAGGGGGAUUUCCUAAGGUCCAAGAAACAUUUGCUAGGAUAUCUGGUUAUUGUGAGCAAACUGACAUUCAUUCCCCACAAAUUACAGUUGAAGAAUCAGUGGUUUAUUCAGCUUGGUUACGUUUAGCUCUUCAAAUUGAUCAAAAGACUAAAGUUGAAUUUGUGAAGGAAGUGCUUGAGACCAUCGAACUUGAAGGGAUUAAAGACUCAUUAGUUGGACUUCCUUCUGUAAAUGGCUUAUCUACUGAGCAGCGGAAGCGACUAACUAUAGCAGUGGAACUUGUUGCCAAUCCAUCUAUAAUAUUUAUGGAUGAACCCACCUCGGGUCUAGAUGCAAGAGCAGCUGCAAUUGUCAUGCGUGCAGUGAAAAAUAUCGUGGAGACUGGAAGAACUGUGGUUUGCACAAUCCACCAGCCAAGCAUUGAUAUUUUUGAAUCGUUUGAUGAGUUAAUUUUGAUGAAAAAGGGGGGCCAGAUAAUCUACUCAGGACCCUUGGGCCAGCAUUCAAGUCGAGUAAUCAAAUAUUUUGAGAGUUUUUUAGGUUUGCCCAAGAUUAGAGACAAUUACAACCCAGCAACAUGGAUGCUGGAAGUUACUUCAACAUCUAUGGAGAAGCAGCUUGGCAUAGAUUUUGCUGACUUGUAUAAAGAGUCAUCUCUUUACCUGGAGAACAUGGAGUUGGUCAAACAAUUAAGUACACCUCAACCAGGUUCAAAAGACUUGUAUUUUGAGACGAGUUUUCCUCAAAAUGGAUGGGUACAAUUUACAACAUGUCUAUGGAAGCAAUCUUUAUCAUAUUGGAGAAGUCCAGCAUACAACCUUGUUCGUCUCUUUUUUGUACUUGCCGCAUCAGUUUUUCUAGGGGCACUUUUCUGGCAACAUGGGAAAAAAAUAAAUGAGGCGCAAGACUUGUUCAACAUACUUGGAUCGAUGUAUGUUGCAGCUUUCUUGGGUAUACAAAAUAGUUCAGCCAUCAUACCUUUUGUGGCAACUGAACGUGCUGUUUUUUAUCGUGAAAAAUUUGCUGGAAUGUACUCUUCUAUGGCCUACUCUUUUGCCCAGGUGGUUAUUGAGCUUCCUUAUACAUUUAUCCUAGCAGUUGUUUACACUGUUAUAACAUAUCCAGCAAUGGGGUAUCAUUGGUCUGCAUAUAAGUUCCUGUGGUAUCUCUUCACCAUGUUCUGCAAUUUGCUUUACUUCUGUUGCUUGGGUAUGUUGAUGGUGUCAGUGACCCCAAAUGCUCAAGUUGCAUCUAUAUUGGUCGCCGCUGGCUACACCCUUCAAAACCUGUUCUCAGGAUUCAUAGUACCUAGACCACAAAUUCCCAAGUGGUGGGUCUGGUGUAAUUGGAUAUGUCCUACUGCAUGGACCUUAAAUGGCUUUCUAACUUCACAAUAUGGAGAAACAGACAAGGUGAUUGACGUGUUUGGAGAGAAAAAGUCUGUUCGCGCUUUCUUAGAAGAUUAUUACGGAUUUCGGCAUGACUUUAUGGGAGUUGUAGCUUUAGUCCUAGUUCUGUACCCUCUCAUCUUUGCCCUUCUGUUUUCUUAUUGUAUAUCUAAACUUAAUUUUCAAAGGAGAUAAAUCCUCAUUGCCCCCUUGUUGGCUCAUUGUGUAUUCAAAACAAAUUUCCACAAGAAUGAAAUGUUUAAGCUUUUUUUCCA